AUGGUUUCAAUCCUAUCUCCUACCACAGUCCCCUUGCCGAGUGUCGAAGUUGUCAAAAAGAGCGCUGAGGAAACCCAAACCAAUGGCACCACUACCGGUGCAAACUACUGGUGGAACACAAGUGGUGCCGACCUCAGUCGAAUGCUUCAGGAGGCCUCGUAUCCUGAUGAUGUUCGAAGGCACUUUCUCGACUGGUACCGUGACAACAUAUGUCCACUGCUUGGCGGUCGCCCACAAAGUGACUCUCCCAAGUGCGCGAUAGGUUGGGACGGCAAUCCUCUGGAGUUCAGCUUCGAGCUCAAAGGCUCAAUCAAGAAACAAGCAGUUCGAUUUGUGGUCGACCUGAGUCAGCUUCGUCCACAAGACUCAAACAAUCUCCUGAACCCAGAAAACACUCAAAAGCUCGUCGAUGUGCUGUCUAAGGAGCAACAUGGUUUUGACGACCAAUGGUACAAAAUUUUGAAAGAAUGGUUCGUCUACGACCAUCUACCUAUUGACGAGCAGCGAGCCUUGAUCGAAAAGGCGGGCCAAAGCAGUCCCGUCAUUGUCGGGUUCGACAUUGGCCCCAAGCUCGAGGCGGCGUCUCAACUGCCGGUGAUGGGCAAAGUGUACUUUCUUCCUUGCUUCAGAGCUGCCGCCCAGGACGUGACCCACUGGCAGGCGGUCAGUGCAGCCAUCUACCACCUUCCCAACGUCCAUUCUUACCCAAAUAUCCUCAAGUCAUGCCAAAUGAUCACCGACUAUCUCUCUGACAAGCCUGAGCCCUGGCGGAUGGGAACGCGCUGGCUCGCCACCGACCUGAUUUCGCCAGCAAAAGCACGCUUGAAGGUCUACAAUCGGUGUUUCGCCACGGACUUCGACAGCAUCUGGGACUACUACACCCUUGGCGGAAGAAUCCCCAACCUCGAUGGAGACAAAGACAAAUUUCGAGACUUGAUGGAUUGCCUGAGCGGAGUUUCGUACGAAGAAAGUCGGAGCAAAGAUGAGAUGAACAUGAAGAGAUUCUCUUCGAUGACGAAGAAACUGACCGCUGUUUAUUUCGCGCUGUCAGCAGACCACCCUUACCCGGUGCCCAAGCUCUGUCUAUACCCGUCCAACUUUGCACCAAACGACCAAGUCAUUGCCCGCGGUCUCGAUACUUGGCUGACGAAGCACGGAUGGGAGGACGACGGCAAAUCCGUUGAAAAGCAGGUGAAAAGCUCCUUCACUCACCGUGCCCUGGACGAGCGCACAGGGAUCUUCACCUUCAUUGGCAUUGGCCCGAAAGGCGAUCCGACCCAAAGCCAGUUAACCAUCCAGGCAUACGUGACACCGGAGCUGUACAUACAGCCACGUUACUAG